AUGUCAACAGCACAAAGUAGACAAAAAUCAUAUGUUGAUAACCGACGGAGAGACUUGGAGUUCCAAGUACAAGAUCACGUAUUUCUAAAAGUUUCAUCAACUAAAGGGGUGAUGAGGUUUGGCAAGAAAGGGAAGCUAAGUCCUCGAUAUAUAGGACCCUUUGAGAUCUUAGAAAGGGUUGGAGUGGUGGCUUAUCGUUUGGCUGUACAACCAGACCUUUCGAACAUUCAUCCCGUGUUUCAUGUAUCCAUGCUUAGGAAGUACAACCCGGAUCCAUCACAUGUAAUACAGUACGAAAACAUUCAGUUGCAAGAUGAUCUAACCUAUGAAGAGCAACCGGUAGCUAUCCUUGAUAGGCAAGUCAAAAAGCUUCGUUCAAAGGUAGUAGCAUCAGUGAAAGUGCUGUGGCGAAACCACAUUAGUGAAGAGGUAACGUGGGAAGUCGAGGAGGAAAUGCGAACAAAGUAUCCCCAUCUCUUUGAUACUUAG